AUGGAUGUUGUUGCACUCUACCCCUCGGUACCACAAUUUGAGGCGGUUAUGCUCGCCAAUGCUAAGCUUGUUAAGGAGGGUUUUACAGCGCAGCAAAUCCUAGACAUACGAGAGGCCUUACUUUUUAUCACGGAAAAUAAUUACUUUCGAUUCAACGGGAAAAUAUAUCUACAGAAACAAGGGGUACCUAUGGGCUUUCCGCUCUCUGCUAUAUUGGCGGAAUUGCUCAUGCGACAUGUUGAGCGAAGAGUGUUUAGCUUCCCCCUCACCAUAGCAUACCCACUUUUAUAUCUUAGAUACGUGGACGAUAUUAUAGUAGCCUGGCAACACAUGGAAGAGGAGUUCCAUAUCCUCAAAAAUUUUCUUAUGGAGGUUUAUUCUACCAUCAAGUUUACCUGGGAAAAGGAAAAGGGAGGAGAAAUUGCAUUUUUAGAUCUAAAGAUCACCAAAGCCCAGGAUGAGAUAUUGUUCUCUGUGUUCCAUAAGUUCAACAGCAUACCUCCUUUAAUCCCGGCCACCGCGUACCAGCCGCAACACUAUGUCAACGCUGCUAUUGCCCCUCUAAUUAGAAGGGCCUUUUUGCUCUCUUCUAAUCAAGCUCUUGUCAACAUUGAGCUUGAGACUAUAAGUGCAGCGGUAAGCGCGGCUGGUUACGCUAGAUCUAAGUACAGGUACAUCCUUGGAAAGGUUAAAAGAUCUCUAUUUCCUGACACAACUUUACAGGCCUCGGAAAAAUGUAUGAUAAUCCAGCCGCCAUUACCAUUCUGUGGCCGUAUUACCGGCCGCGUUUGCCGUAUUUUUAGGCAGCAUGCUCUCUUCCUGCCAGUGUCGCCGCAGCCAAACCUUAGAAGAGUGUUAUGCAACGACAGGGAUCCUUUGUCUGUACUAGAGUGGUCUGGAGUGUAUUCCAUUCCAUUGGAAAGUACAACAUCGGGUGCUCAUACCCAGUAUAUCGGAGCGACAUCCAGAAUGUUGUCUUGCCGCAUCUCUGAACACAAACAAUCUAUUAGUACGGGUAGAUGCGACACCGAGUUGGCAAGAUUAGUGUUGCAACACCAAUUUUCUCCGAGGUGGGACCAGGUGGGGAUACUCAAACAGUGUGAUAGCAGAAACAUCCUGUAUAUAUGGGAGGCGCUGUUUACCAGCGUGUUAAAUCCAUGCAACACUCCCACGCUGGAUGUGCCUUCCUUGUGGGUCAACUUGUACAACAGACUAAAACAACGUCGCUAG